CGUUACGAGAGCACAUCAAGCUACGACCGCAAGAAGACAGCUGCCAUUGCUCGUUUCAGCGACGAGCAUAAGCGAUGGAUUGUUGAUUUCUACUGCGUCAACCCGAAUAUAUUUCUCGACAAGUGCAAGAAAGCGUUUGAAGUGCACUUCAAAACAUACAUAUCGGUAUCAACAAUCUGGCGUGUCAUUCAUGCCCACGGGUUCACGUGGAAAGUGUUUGAGCGGCGAGCCAUGCAAGUGCGACAAAAAGACGUUCAGCGGUUCUUUGACGAGCUUGCAUAG